AUGUUCAUCAAUAGACAGAAUAUCAGUCUUCAAAGAUUAGUUCGCCCUCGUCAUAUAUGUGUGGUGUUGUUGUUUAUAUACAUCAUUCUUGAAGCGUUGGUUCUCGCAACAUGUACAACCCCAGCAGUUUCGAAUUACUACUUGUUAUCUCUCACUUACCUUGAAACUCAAGAGAACCUGCCAAUAUCAGAACUCCGUCUUCGUCUUGGGUACUUCAGCUCUUGUGUUUCUGUCAAUGGAGGUAGCUAUUCUUGUGGUGUCAACGCUUACGAUAUGUUGUUGGCAUCUUCAGAAUUCGACUCCAGUAACGCGUCGUGUGUCGACCUUUACAACCUUGUGAUCGAGACUGCUGAUAUGUUCCGUUCUCGUUGUAUGACCCCUUAUAUCCUCUUGAUUUCUGUGAUCAUGUCGUUCCUCAUUCUUACAAUGAUGGCCUUCAUCUCUCCUAGAAACUAUAGAAACGCUUAUAAGCCGGUGUUUUUCGUCUGCUAUGUCUCCUUGUCAUUAUCAGUAAUUGCUUCUGUUUGGCAGGAAAGUAAUAUCAACACCGCCAACAUGCUUUUCCAACAAGUUCUCGACAACUACUAUACCGUCCAAGCUCAUUAUGGUGAUUAUACUAGAGGAGCAAUUUGGGCAGGUACUGGUAUCCAAAUUCUCAUUUCUCUUUCCAGUUUAAUGUUAGCUAUCAUGAGUAGUUGGACUGAUAGGUUCGUCAACGCCUGGGACUAUUAUAAUACACCAAUGGGUAGCCAAAUGGGUCCAAUUUGA